GCCUACCUGCAAUACGCCCAGAGCAAAUUAACUGAAGAGGAAGCUAGAGCGAAGCUCUACUUGGACAACGGUCCCAACUUCAAGUCGGUUGAAAAUGUCAUGGACACGUGUGUUGAGGUGUUUGUGGUCGCUUUCAAGGACCAAAUAUUGGCGGAGUUUCCAAAACUCCUCGAGGAGGACGCUAAGGAAUACCUCAAAUUAACCCACGAAUUAGUUCAUCGUGUUAAAGGCUGCAAUGGCGAGGCAAAUCCCCUACUGCCCAUCCUGGAGGAGUACAUUUGUAAUAUGGGAAGCACUGAACUCAAAGACAAUGCAGUGAUUAUCUCAAAGGAUGCGAGUAAAUAUGUGAGCACGCUUAUGGAUCUCUACAAUCGUAACUCUUCCAUAAUUGAGGAGUGCUUCCAAAAUGAAUUCUCCUUCCUUACCAUUCGUGAUAAGGCCUACCAACGUCUCGUCAAUGACACAACAAUCUUCUCUCUGACUAUGCCGGACUCUACUAGAGCCGCUACUAAGAGACCUGAGUCACGAUGUCCAACCCUCCUGGCCGCCUAUACUGAUAUGUUGUUGCGGAAAUCACCCAUUUCAAGAAGACUCUCACAGGAGGAGAUCCUUAGUCGCCUUAAGAAUGUCCUGUUGGUGCUCAAAUACGUCAAUUCCAAGGAUCUUUUCCUUGAGUCACACAAGGCUCAUCUCAUGAGACGUCUCAUUUUGGAGACUUCGGCAGAUACCGAAAUGGAGGGUGUCAUGGUGGAGAAACUGAGGGAAGCUGGAAUGCCAGCAGAAUUGGUGAAUCGUCUUGCGCGAAUGUUUACAGACAUAAAGAUGUCCCGUGAUCUUACUCGGAAGUUCCAGGAGACCUUCUCCCCCUCCUCUGUCUCCUCCUUUGCAAUCACUCCUGACGCUUCCUCCUCACCGGGUCCCAUUGUGAAUCUCAAAAUUCUCUCAUGUGGCACUUGGUUGCCCCGCGAUUUGCCCCGUGUCUCUGUUGCAUUGCCACCUGAAUUAGAAGAUUACAUUCCUCAGAUUGAAGAUUUCUAUCAGGCAAAUCAUAAGGGUAGGCAGUUAAUAUGGCAAUAUCAUUUGUGUCACGCAAUUCUGGCCUACUAUCCACCCAACCAACCAGCUGACGAGGCUACAAACGGUGUGCUGCCCAUUGAGUUGGAAGUGACCAUUCUACAACUUGCGGUUCUCCUGGCUUGGCGGUAUCGUGAUAUCACUCAUAAACUCCGUCUUGAUGACCUAGCCACAGCCACUGCAAUGGUCGACUCUGAAUUGCGACGGACGAUUUGGUCCCUUGCUGAGCGUCCUAAAACGGAACAGCAGGUUAUCUUAUACACUCCUGCCGCGCAAUCGGAAAAAGACUUCACCAACGAAACUGAAUUUUGGAUCAAUCCUGAGUUUGGAGUGAUCCGUUCAAAUAGGGCGCCGAAUCGUAGACGCAUAAAUAUGAUCGGCCGAUUGCAACUCUCCCAAUCAAAUUGUGAUGUGGAUGGUGAAGACGUCGUACGUUUUCGUCAGUUGCGGCUCCAAGAGGCCACUGUUCGUUUAAUGAAGAGUCGAAAAAGGUCGACCUACUCAGAAAUGUACCAGCAGGUUGUCGGUCUGAUCAAGCACCAAUUUAUCCCCUCAAAACGCAUGUUUAAGGAAGUCAUUGAAUGGCUUAUUGAGAGGCGCUAUCUCGAACGUGAUUCCAAGGACAUUGAUACAUUUACCUAUGUAACUUAG